AUGGCAAAACCCCUGCUCCCGCCCAAGCACGUGUCGAAGUCGUCUGACAGACGUGCUGCAGCGGGGAGACGGCCUGAAAAGUAUCUCCAUAAUAGCAGCACGAAAAUGGGUCACGCAAAGGCCCAGGCCGAGAAAUGGAACCCAAACCACUUUCGUCUCUUCGUGGGCAACUUGGGCCCUGACGCUACGGACGAAAUGCUUAUAGGUGCUUUUGAAAAGUACGCUAGCAUGAGCAAAGCGAGAGUCGUGAAGGACCAUAAGGGAGAAAAUAAGGGAUACGGGUUUGUAGCAUUUGAGAAAGCCGAGGACUACUUGAGGGCAUUCAAGGAGAUGAACGGGAAAUACGUGGGGCAAAGACCAGUACAGCUAAAAAGAGCCCAGUCCAAGCCCAAGUGA